AUGUUAGGCGAAUUUAACCUUAGUUCGGGGACGUGGACAACGUACAUUGAAAGGAUGGAGCAAUAUUUUCUGGCAAACGAUGUAAAAGUUAAUUUACAAGUGCCUACUUUGCUCGCCUGUGUCGGUGACGCAACAUACGAGCUAAUGGUGGAUUUGUGUUCGCCGAGGAAGCCCGGCGAGAUGAAAUUCAGUGAACUCGUCCAACUGGUUAAAAAGCACAUCCAGCCUACGCCAUCUAUUCUCGCUGAGAGAUAUAAAUUUCGGAAACGAACACAGACUGUGAACGAAACGGUUGCCCAGUUUGCAGCAGCUUUGAAACAUUUGGAUAGAGAUUGUGAAUUUAAAGAUAACCUUGAAGAGAAUUUACGAGACCAGUUCGUAUGUGGCUUGUCAAGUGAAUCUACGCGGCAAAGAUUGUUCUGCGAGGACAGCGUGACCUUCACGGUAGCCUUCAAAAAGGCUGUGGCGCUGGAGGCGGCGGCUAAUGACGCGGUGGUAGUCGAGCAACGGCCAGCAGAGGGCGCGGUGCACGCGGUACAAGCGCGUGGCGCGCGGGCAGCUGUGGCCGUCAGGGGCGCAGCUCCACGAUGGCGCGGCGAGGCUUCGAGCAGCAGGGUCCGGUAUUCCGGUUAUACUAAUAAUAGGAAUCGUCCAAUGAAUCUAUUGUGUGCGUGUUGUGGGAGCAGAGAACACACCAGACUAACAUGUAAAUAUGCAGAUUGGACCUGUAGAAUCUGUCUGAAACCCGGACACCUGAAGCGGGUCUGUCCAAAUGUAAGCAAGAAACCAGAGGGUCAGGUUCUUCGAUUGGAUACGGCGCGAUCGGGAGUGCUGAAUGGAUGUGAUGACAUCAGCAGUGAACAUGCGAGCUCGGCCGGGGAGUAUGAUGACGAGGGGACCGGCGGGCCCAGUGGAUUAUACAUGGUGCAGCUUACGGGGAGUGAGCCCGUCAUGGCCGAGGUUACCGUGGCGAAGAGACGGCUGGCUAUGCAUGUGGAUACCGGUUCGCCUAUAUCGUGUAUAGGCAACAAAAUGUAUACGGAACUGUUUUCGGAUUACCGGUUACAAGAUAACAGUUAUAAGUUAAAGAGUUACGACGGAAGCGUUAUUAAGUGUAUCGGCUAUAUUAAAGUGCCAGUGAGUUACGGUCCUAUCAGUGAAAAUCUAAAUUUAUAUAUUAUACAAAACGGAGGGGUACCCCUGCUAGGUCGUGAAUGGCUUACAAAGUUGUCUUUGAGUGUAAUAGUGCCAAAAUCGGUCCUAGCCAUCAAUAAUGAUAAACGUGAUGACGUCGGGGGCGUAUUCGAUAAGACUAGGUUCAUAAGUAAGUACCCGGCAGUGUUCAGCGGCAAGCUGGGCUGCCUGCGCAGCCAACGCGCCACGUUGCGCGUGCGCGCCGGCGCGGCGCCAGUGUUUCGCCGCGCACGCCCUCUGCCGCUGGCACUGCGCGCGGACGUCGACGCCGAGCUACAGCGCAUGCAGGCCGCAGGUAUCAUACAGCCCGUACCCUCCUCAGACUGGGCCUCGUGUUUGGUAGUUGUGCUCAAAAAUAAUGGCGCUUUAAGGAUUUGUGGCGAUUACAAAAGUACGAUCAAUCCUGUGCUAGAAAUUGAUAAAUAUCCGCUUCCUAGGUCCGAGGUAUUAUUCAAUAACUUAAACGGUGGCAAAAGAUUUACUAAGAUCGAUUUAUCUGAGGCGUAUAGCCAAGUAACCUUAGAUGAAUCAAAGAAAUAUACAGUUGUUAACACCCACCGGGGACUAUAUGUUUACAAUAGACUAGUAUACGGGUUAGCCUCGGCUCCGUCCAUUUUCCAGCGCAUUAUGGAGCAAUUGGUGGUAGGUAUUCCUAACGUAUCUAUAUUUUUAGAUGACAUUCUCAUUACCGGUAAAACGGAGCACGAACAUGUUAGAAAUUUACAUUCCGUUUUUGAAAGAUUAGCAAAGGAGGGGCUCACCGUGCGGCAAGAAAAAUGUAAUUUUUUUGAAAAGGAAGUAAGCUACUUGGGUUUUAUCAUAUCGGAACACGGGGUUAGGACCGACGAUAGAAAGACCGAAGGUUUUGUUGGAUUUGGACCGGGGUUUGUUUUGGUGCAUUAUGACGAGCGGCUCCCGCUUAUCGUGUCGUGCGACGCGAGCGCGCGGGGGGUGGGUGCCGUGUUGUCGCAGCGCGGGGAGGGAGGCGAGCGGCCGGUGUCGUACGCGUCGCGUACGCUGAACUCCGCGGAGUGUAAUUAUAGUCAAAUCCAACGCGAAGCGCUGGCGAUUAUAUUCGCGGUAAAAAAAUUCCAUACCUACCUGUAUGGACGGAGGUUUGUUUUGCGCAUCGACCAUCAGCCUUUGAUAGCUAUUUUCGGGUCUAAAAAGGAUAUCCCUCAUAUGGCUUCCGGGCGGUUAAUCCGAUGGGCUAUUUUACUGUCCGGUUAUCAGUACGAUAUCGAAUACGUACAAUCGAAGGCAAACAGCGCCGACGCGUUAUCUAGAUUACCUAUCGAUACAGGAGAAGAGAAUAACGAUGCAAAUACAUUUAUUAAAUUCAUAGAAAACAAAUUUCCGAUUGACUCGAACCAAAUUAAAAUUGAAUCGGGAAAGGAUAAAUGCAUAUCUCGGAUUUUAGAGUUUGUUAAGACCGGCUGGCCCAAGUCAGGCUUUAAGGAACCGGACCAAGAAAUGACCGCAAACUGGCGGCGUCGCGAGGAGCUGUAUGUGGAGAACGGGUGUCUGAUGUGGGGGUGUAGAGUGGUUGUGCCGCGUGCACUUCGGCCAGCGGUUUUGGCUGAGCUGCAUGGCUCCCAUCUCGGGAUGGUCAAAUGUAAAGGACUGGCUCGCAGUUUUGUGUUUUGGCCGGGGUUGGAUAAUGACCUGGAGCGAAUGUGCUCAGCAUGUCGCACGUGUGGAGAGGUUGCGGAUUUGCCACCAAAAGCGCCGGUAGUUCCGUGGUCGUGGCCGUCUAAUCCAUUUGAUAGGGUUCACAUUGAUUUUUUUUCAUUUAGAAAUAUUACGUAUCUGAUUUUGGUUGACGCUUACUCGAAAUGGAUAGAAGUUAGCCCUAUGUCCACGACGACCGCUUCGAACACGAUUUUGAAGUUAAAGGAGAUAUUUUCGCGAUUCGGAAUUUGUCGCGUCCUUGUUAGUGAUAAUGGCCCCCCGUUUUCCAGCGAGGAAUUUAAGCUAUUUUUGAAAAACAAUGGGAUCAAACAUGUCACCUCCGCCCCGUAUCACCCCGCUUCGAACGGAGAAGUUGAAAACGCAGUUCGAACGGUUAAAAGAUCCUUAAAGAAGGCGGACGUCGAGAAAAUUUGUAUUUUUAGUUUUUUACAUAGAUUUCUUCUGGAUUAUCGUAAUAGUAUUCACGGCACAACAGGAGAUACACCUGCGAGAUUGGUGUUCGGGCGGCACCUUAGAUCGCGAUUAGACUUACUAAAAUCGGGAAUCGUAGAAUCCGUUUCAGAUCGCUUACAGCAAAGGGCGCUUGCUAAAGGGGGAACUUUUAGAUGUUGGGUAGAAGGGGAUAAAGUAUGGGCUAAAGAUUUUCGUAAGAAUAAAAGUUGGUGUUCUGCGAUCAUUAUAGGUAGGAAAGGUCAGAAUAUGUACGAGGUCGAGACUGUGGAGGGUUUGCGUUGGAAUCGGCACACUGAUCAAUUGCGUUCUAACUCGGCGGUUGACGAUCGAGACACGAGUACACGGGAUGGACAGCCGACAGUAUCUGCUCAGGCAGCUUUAGCUGACUAUACCAUCGCGGGUAAUGGUUAUAGCGCUAUGGAUGUUGAUGUUGGCGAAUCUCAUAUUGUAACGUCACCCGUUCCGAAUAAACGUGACCGACGACCACCAGAUCGUUUUGGCUAUGAUUAA